CGGUGUCAGACUCAUGGACCGUAUAUGUGCACAAAAUACUGGGAAAAUAAACUUCCAGAGUUUUAUUUCUGAAUAAAACAGGAGACUGACAGUCGCCAAGGUGCCGCACAGUUUGGGAGACAAUGUGGCCAUCUUGUAUAUGGUGACUUGAUUUGCUGUUGUUUUUUUUUUUAAAUGGCCGCCCGCCUGCUUAUGUCUUUUUUAAUAUGGCCUCUAAUACAAGGCUCCACGGCUCUGAAUGAACACUCCCAGCAUCAGGCACCCCAGUCUCCUGCUCAUGGUGACCCCGGACCAACACGCUGCGGGGAAUACAGCAACCAGAUCCUGGCGAACGGAAGGUGUAAGAUUAUCGCUACGCUGCCUCAUCAAGAUGGACAUCGCUGCCCGGACAUGUUCCGCUGCACGGAUGAGGUCAUGUACUGGCUACAUGAGAACGAGGAGAGACGACAGGAAAUCCUGGAACUCAGAGAGCUUGUUUCAGAGCUUCAGGAGGAACUGAGGAACCAUAGGCAUCGCCUUAGGCUGUUAGAGCAGCCUGAUGAAGGUCAUUAUAACUCCACCCUGAUGCACAGGGUCCAUAGCCUGGAGGUCUGGGCCAGUGAGAGCAGCACAUUGCAGCACCUACAGACCAGCUACAUCUAUGACAUCCAAGCUCAGCUCCGCAACCUGUCCCAGCUGGUGAAUGGGACCAGUCGGAAUACGCCAUGCCCAGACCCGGCAGCGCUGAGAGCCCUGGAGCUGCCACACUCUGCAGGUGGGAACAAGACCAGGAGCUGCCAGACAGACUGUUCAGCCUUGUACCACAAUGGGAUCAGCGCCUCAGGAGUCUAUGCAUUGCUGCCAUCUAGUGGACGAAUCCCGACAGAUGUUUUCUGUGACAUGGACACUGAAGGUGGAGGAUGGACGGUUAUACAGCGGCGUCAGGAUGGAGCGGUCAACUUCAACCGGACCUGGAACGAGUAUAAGGAAGGAUUUGGAAAUGUGAACGGCGAGUUCUGGCUGGGAAACGAGAACAUCCAUAGGAUGACGAGAGGAGGGGGAUAUUCACUGCGCAUCGACCUGGAGGACUGGGCUGGGCAGCAUAAAUAUGCUCUCUACAGGGAGUUCAGCAUUGAAGACGAAACGAACUUCUACCGCCUGCACGUGACUGGUCCCAGCGGGACUGCAGAGGACUCCUUCUCCUGGUACCACAACAAGCGCAGUUUCAGCACUCCGGAGUCCGGGAAUCUGUGUGCGGAGAUCUCUCAUGGGGGCUGGUGGUACCACCAGUGCUUCUACUCCAACCUCAAUGGGGUUUACUAUCUGGGGGGGAGAUAUGUGAAAGGUCGCAGGACGAAGGGGCCGGAUGGCAUUGUGUGGUACAGCUGGAGGAACACCGACUAUUACUCACUGAAGAGAGUUUCUAUGAUGAUACGGCCAAGAAUGUUCCGCUCCCACAUAUCCCCAUAGAAGUGAUGACCUGCACGUUAUUAGGUUAUUGUGUAUGUAGAUUGUAGCGCAUGGAGGACACAGUGUGAAGGUUCUACACUUUGGGGAAAAGGAGAACUUUUACCCUUUGCUAGUAAGAGAUUGUAGAAGCGGAGAAAAGUAAGAGAGGGGGAGGAGGCCAGGCGUCGCAGUCCUGGACGUUGGGAAAGCAUUUGAAAACGAAGCACACACAUCGGAGAAAGACACUAGUGGACGACUCGAACUAUGAACAGCCCAGUUACAUAACCAGUGUUGUUGGCUUAGUGAUAGAUAGCAGGUACAUCUGUACUCACUGUUACAUGCACACUGGUUACAUGCAGUUAUACUGUAUGAUGUACACUGGUGAUGGAUUGGAGCUUGAGCGUAGCAGGAUUUCAUACAACUCAGCUGCCAGUGACUGUAACCUUUGCAAUCUGGUGGACCACUAUGCAAUAGAUAGCUAUCCUAGUGUAUCAGUGCCUAUUUCUAUAGAGUGUAAGCUUGCGAGCAGGG